GAGGGAGGGAGGAACGAUCCGGGCAGACGGCAGCGACGGCAAGCAGCUGCAGCUCCGACGACCCAGCUCCGAGUCCAGAGACCAGCCGUCGCCAUGGACAGCAAAGCCGCCUUCCUCGCCUUGCUGCUGCUCCUCGGGACCCUCCGCGCCGCCGACGGGAAACCCAUCAGCCUGACUUACCGCUGCCCGUGCAGAUAUUUUGAGAGCAAUGUAGCUAAAUCCCAUGUGAAGCAUCUCAAGAUCUUGACUGUCCCUGGCUGUUCCCUGCAGAUCAUCGCAAGACUGAAAAACAGCAGCAAACAGAUCUGCGUCGAUCCCAAGUUAAGGUGGAUGCAAGAGUAUCUGGAGAAAUACCUGCACAAGAGAUUCAAGAUGUAAGAGGCGAGCAUUGUAGCUGUCCACAGGAUGUCUCACUGUAGAAGCCAGAAAGCAGAGGUCCCGCUAUUAGGGAGCGAUGAGGGCAUCUUCUUUUUAUCACGCAGCACAAAGCGGCGCUUCAUGCACUUCCCAGAGCCUCUUGUUCGCACAGAAUGCCUUUGCCUUUUGCCAAUACUAGCCGAUUGUAGCAGGAACUCUCCGCAAAGUUUGGUUUAUCACGUAGUAGCACUGACGCCAGCAGCAGAUUGAAAACGUUGCUUCGUAUAUGGCGAUUCCUUUCUGCUGUGCAGAACCCUGCCACAUAUCAGGAGUUUCCAUGCAGGUUAACAAUCUACUGUGGUUCAUUUGUAUGGAAAGGAAUGAGGGGUGUGUAUGUGUGUGGGUUUGUGUGGGUGUCUGUCCUACUGACAUUUGUAGAGAACACUCUUUUUUCCCUGCAGACCUAUGGUGGAAGAUGGGACAUCCUGCAGCCACCCAGAGUUUGCACAAAAAGUGCUUGAUGCAUUCCACGUAUUUGCAGGUGAACAAUUCCUAUUCACGUGGGCCCAAUGCACAAGGGUCUAAAUAGGAUGGUUUCGAAAGAGUGACAGGCACUGUGACUUCACCUAGGAAUUUCCUCUUUCAGAAAUGUUGAACCAGCUCAUGUCGGACUUUGGGAUCUUUCUUUGGCAGGGGAAAAUGGUCUUUGUUCGCGAGCUCCGUAAUGCCUGAGCCACAAGGUUGUUUCAUGUGUGGCAAUUGCAGGAGUUGCUGCAGUUUAAAUUUCUGUGUGCUUUUGGUUCAUGGAUGCUCCAAACAGUAGGCCACUCCUCCCUGUGAAUUAAAGUGGUGAAAAGUGAUCAUUUCCAAAAGAAAGAAAGAAAUGUAUUAAAAUAUCAGAGAAUAUACAAAGUGGAGUUACGUGCAUUGUGAGAGGAUAUCUUUUAUGCUCUGUCCUCCUGCAUAUAGCUUAGAGCAGGCAUCCCCAAACUGCGGCCCUCCAGAUGUUUUGGCCUACAACUCCCAUGAUCCCUAGCUAACAGUACCAGUGGCCGGGGAAGAUGGGAAUUGUAGUCCAAAACAUCUGGAGGGCCGAAGUUUGGGGAUGCCUGGCUUAGAGACUCCUUGGAGUGCGUAUGUGCUGGUGAAUGUUAAAUCAGGUGUCAAAAUUAUCUGGAUAUUUUGUUGGGAUCACAGAUUGCGAGUCUGAAAUCUCUUGGGAUGCAUUGGUUUCUGAACCCAGUCCAACAUGGGCUCAGCUGCAGUCUUUGCUUUUAGUGAAUCGCUCCAGAGCAUGUGAGCUAAAUUUGCACCAGAGACUUACCUGAUACGCCAAAAAGUGUCUCCCUUUUUCAUUGAACGUGAAAUGCCAAAGAGAACCUCUGGCUAGUCCCGGAGCCUGUUAGCUAUCCCGCUCGCCCAUCACUUGGAGUCAAGUAGCAAAGGUGAAGCCGCAUGAAAGAUGUUGCUUGUGAAACUGGGGCACGGAUGGAUGCUCGAAGCUUUCUUGCACAUGGGGAAUCUGUACUGAUGAGCGGGGUUUGGCUGGUAUUUAUGCACUGGCAAAGGGAGAGAUGAUGAGCACAAAAAGUUUCCAGCUAAGCCCCUGCAUAUGUACAAGGUUCCUGAUCCUUAAACCUGUUCUUUUAUCUGCCUGUGACUUUUCUCCUGACAGACUGGUUUAGAGAAUCUUGCUCAGUACAUUCACAUUGUUGCAUUGAUCUGAGCACGACCCAGUUUAGCCAGAGGUUGAAAGCUGAAUUUUACUGUGUCAAAUCCCUCAUCUGACACUCGAGCCCAUCCCUUCAGCACAGAGCGCAGUUGUUCAGCUGACUUUGCCAGGGUGCAUGGGAGAAAUGCCCUCCAUGUGACAAAACAAUGCGCAAAUGGGCUCCUCCUGUUAUGAUGACUUAUGGAGGCCCUAGCUCACAUGCCUGUCCUGUAAGUGAGAGGAGGAGUAAAAUGACAAGCUUUCCCACACUGAAGCUAAUUACGGAUGAAAAUGAAAUUCAGAGGGAAGAGAAAGAAAACAACAAUACUACACUGGCAAAUGGAGAGUAGCACUGAACUGAUUAAGUUCCCAUAAAUGUGGGGAGGAAAUCACAGGAGAAUCUUUUACACUGGGCUUUAGCUAGAAGUUUUAGCUGACGGCAGCAACGCAUGGUAUUUAUGGAACUGCAAAAUGACAAAUUAUGUUUCUGCAAAAUGUGCCUCUGUAGUCCAAAUGUUUUUAAAAUAAUGAAUGAAUGUUCAAGAAGUCCUUUAAAACAUAAGAAAGUGAUGGAUAACGAGUCCAGGUGGAGCCUGUGCCCGUUAUUAGCUGCACUAAUUUGCCUUUCUUGCUGUUGCUGAUAAUGCAUUUAUUAGGGGAGGAACAAAUUCAAAAGACACCUCAGAAUCUGCAGGAAUGGACCCAGGAGUCUCGACCAGGGGUGGUGAAUCUUUGCCCCUCCAUAUGUUGCUGGACUACAAAUACUACAAUCCUGAUUGUUGGCCAUGCUGGCUGGGACUGAUGGGAGUUGCUCUUCAGUAACACCUGGAGGGCCAAAGAUUCAUCAUACCUUUGUCUAGGUACCCGCAAUUGAUAUAUCUGGAAGCAGAACAUUGAAAGAGAGAGUCGUACUUUGACUCAAGGAACCCAUCUUUGGCCAUUAGCAUUUGUCAAAACCAGUCUUUCUGUUCCUCAGGGAAGCUGUUGAAUGACAGGAAAAAUUCUGUAGUCAUGGAGUAAAGCGAAAGGCCAGCUCCCUGUAGUCUUUGUUAUUAAGAGCCCUGAAAUGUUGGACUGAGAGAAACGGAACAUUUUCUCUUUUUUACUCCAAAUAGCACCCUCUGAAGGUACUUCUGGACCCUCCAAGUGUCCCUAUUUUCCAGGGACGGUCCCCAUUUUACAGAAGCUGUCCCAGUUUCUGAUUUAAUCCCAGAAAGGUCCUGGUUUCUCCCUAGAAUGUCCCUAUUUUCAUCAGAGAAAUGUAAGAGGGGACGUCUCUAUUUUCAUCGGAGAAAAGUUGGGGGGGGUAUGUGCUUCUCCAUAUGGUUCAAAACAGAUAGUUACCCUACUUUUUUACCCCUUCGGGUGGUGGUGGGUUGCCUCAGAAGGGCAUUUGGAGCUGAUAACCUGUGAGUCAGAGAAGCGAAGGGUACUCUCUUCAUGACGGCUUCUCAGCUCCCAAUAUCCUCUUGAAUGGUGACAUGUAGAAAUACCACCAUGGAGAACUUAAACCCAGGCGAUGUAAAGGCAGCAGAAGAAAACAGUUCCCCUUGACCAGCAGCAUCUAUUUAGGGCCUGCCAAUAUGGCUUCAGAAACACUACAAAGGCACUCCCAUCACAUGGAAUCCAAUUGUCACUAUGCCUCUUAACGUGGUAUAUGGAGAAAUGUCUACUACUUACAACUACCUUUUCCACCCAGAGCAGCUGCAAUGAGGCUGGAUUGGAAGCAGCCGCCACGAAGCGGUUUAAUGAUAUUUCUUGGUUUUUCAGGGUGGCUUGGAUGCAAUUCAUACUGAGUUCCCUGUGUGUGUGUGGUAUUUGCACACAAAUGCCCACAAAUCUUCCCAAAUAAUGUGAAAAAGACUUUUAUCUCCCGAAAGGCAGCUUUAUAACAAUAUUUCAUGCAGUGCUUUUUUAAUAAUAAUAAUGAAAUAUUUUGAGAACUUCUAUAUGUCUUUGCAAAUUAUGAUAGCACUUGUAAUUUCCAUAAUAAAAAAAUAUGUAUUCAAAUUCCA